CAUCGGGUGCACCGCUGCUCGUCUUCCCGGGCUUCCCUGCUCUUCACACGCCCUGGAUUGUAGCAGCAGCAGAAGCUGAGCUGGAAGUUGGUGUUUAUUUCUCCACUCACAGCUUCUGCCCUUUCCUGCAAAAGGAAAUCGAGAAACCACUCGUAAUUUACCAGAUAACCCCAGAAGCCUUGGUCGACAGACCAAAUUCUCCAGUCAAAGCUACGGGCUCCUGAGGAUAAACUGCUUCAAACAGCUUUUACCUUAAAGCCAACCUAGAAGUCUUUGACCCCCAGUUACAAGGCCCAGGGUCUUCACCGUUUGGACCCAUCCUUCCUGGUUAUAUGAAGCUUUCUACUUUCUGAGGUGUUUGGGACACCCUUAAUAUUUGUCUCUUCUUUUCUCAUCAAACCUGAUUCAUGAGAUGGACUAAAGCUGGAAAAAUCAUCUGCUUCUUUGUCUGUGAAUUUGAAACACGAUUGGCAUGGUCUUCAGUGUGUUCAACUAGACUGUAACUGCAGCUAUGAGCUCAGACGAGAAGGGCAUAUCCCCUGCUCAUAAAACAUCCACCCCCACGCAUAGAAGUGCCUCCUCGUCGACGUCCUCCCAGAGGGACAGUAGGCAGAGCAUCCACAUACUGGAGAGGACUUCUUCCACGAGCACCGAACCCUCUCUAAGUCGGCAACUGCUGGAACCAGAGCCGGUGCCCCUCUCCAAGGAAGCUGACAGCUGGGAAAUUAUAGAAGGACUGAAAAUAGGCCAAACCAAUGUCCAGAGACCAGACAAACAUGAAGGUUUUAUGCUAAAGAAGAGAAAAUGGCCUUUAAAAGGCUGGCACAAGCGUUUUUUUGUCCUGGAUAAUGGAAUGUUAAAGUAUUCAAAGGCACCACUUGAUAUCCAAAAAGGGAAGGUCCAUGGAAGCAUCGAUGUGGGACUCUCUGUCAUGUCAAUUAAAAAGAAAGCUCGGAGAAUCGACCUUGACACAGAAGAACACAUCUAUCAUUUGAAGGUGAAAUCCCAGGACUGGUUUGAUGCAUGGGUCUCCAAACUGCGCCAUCAUCGAUUGUAUCGGCAGAAUGAAAUUGUGAGAUCACCACGAGAUGCUAGUUUUCACAUUUUUCCUUCAACCUCCACAGCUGAAUCCUCACCAGCUGCUAAUGUUUCAGUUGUGGAUGGAAAGGUGCAGCCAAACAGCUUUCCAUGGCAGUCCCCUCUGCCCUGUAGCAGCAGCCUCCCUGCAACCUGCACGACCGGCCAGAGCAAGGUGGCGGCCUGGCUGCAGGACUCGGAAGAGAUGGACAGGUGUGCAGAAGACCUUGCACACUGCCAGUCAAACCUUGUGGAACUUAGCAAACUCCUGCAAAAUUUGGAAAUACUUCAGAGAACUCAGUCAGCACCUAACUUUACUGACAUGCAGGCUAACUGUGUAGAUAUUUCAAAGAAAGACAAGCGGGUCACAAGACGAUGGAGAACAAAAAGUGUCAGCAAAGAUACAAAAAUACAACUGCAGGAAGGGCCAUCUGCGAAGGGCCAGUUCAGCACAACUCGGCGCCGGCAGAGGCUAGCAGCAGCAGUGGCUACAACAGUUCCUUUUAGUGCCACCAUGUCCCCAGUUCGCUUGCAUUCCUCCAACCCCAACCUUUGUGCAGAUAUUGAAUUUCAGACCCCUCCUAGCCACCUCACAGACCCUCUGGAAAGUUCAACGGAUUAUACAAAGCUUCAAGAAGAAUUUUGUCUGAUUGCGCAGAAAGUGCAUUCUCUCUUGAAGUCUGCGUUUAAUAGCAUAGCUAUAGAGAAGGAGAAGCUUAAGCAGAUGGUUUCUGAGCAGGAUCACAAUAAAGGCCACAGCACACAGAUGGCACGACUCCGACAGUCACUGUCGCAGAGCGAAGGAGCAAGCAAAUCCUGGGCACUCAACCAGAAUGCUGAACUAAGGAGCCGGUUGAACAGAAUACAUUCAGAAUCUAUUAUUUGUGAUCAGGUUGUUAGUGUAAAUAUUAUUCCUAGCCCUGAUGAGGCUGGCGAGCAAAUCCACGUCAAUCUCCCCCUGUCGCAGCAAGUAGCCAAUGAGAGCCGCCUCUCCAUGUCAGAAUCUGUCUCUGAGUUCUUCGAUGCCCAAGAAGUGCUCCUCUCUGCAAGCUCAUCAGAGAAUGAGGCUUCAGAUGAUGAGUCGUACAUCAGUGAUGUGAGUGAUAAUAUAUCUGAAGACAACACCAGUGUUGCAGACAACACCUCUCGGCAAAUCUUGAACGGGGAGCUUACAGGAGGAGCCUUCCGAAACGGACGUCGAACAUGCCUGCCAGCUCCCUGUCCCGACACCAGUAACAUUAACCUGUGGAAUAUUUUGAGGAACAACAUUGGUAAAGACCUGUCUAAAGUCUCCAUGCCUGUGGAGCUAAAUGAGCCGCUCAAUACUCUGCAGCAUCUCUGCGAGGAAAUGGAAUACAGUGAGCUCCUGGACAAGGCUUCGGAAACCGACAGUCCCUACGAGCGCAUGGUUCUUAUUGCUGCAUUUGCAGUUUCAGGAUAUUGCUCCACCUAUUUCAGAGCAGGAAGUAAGCCAUUCAACCCUGUCCUUGGGGAGACUUAUGAAUGCAUUAGAGAGGACAAAGGAUUCCGAUUUUUCUCAGAACAAGUUAGCCAUCAUCCACCCAUUUCUGCCUGUCACUGUGAAUCCAAGAAUUUUGUGUUUUGGCAAGAUAUCAGAUGGAAAAACAAGUUCUGGGGCAAGUCAAUGGAAAUCCUGCCCGUGGGAACCCUGAAUGUCAUGCUUCCAAAGUAUGGAGAUUGCUAUGUGUGGAAUAAGGUCACCACAUGCAUACACAACAUCCUGAGUGGGAGGAGAUGGAUAGAGCAUUAUGGAGAAGUAACCGUUAGAAAUACCAAAAGCAGUGUUUGCAUUUGCAAACUCACGUUUGUCAAGGUGAAUUACUGGAAUUCUAAUGUGAAUGAAGUCCAGGGGGUUGUGAUGGAUCAGGAGGGGAAGGUGGUGCACCGGCUGUUUGGGAAAUGGCAUGAAGGGCUGUACUGUGGUGUGGCCCCUUCUGCUAAGUGCAUCUGGAGACCAGGUUCCAUGCCCACCAACUACGAGCUCUACUAUGGCUUCACAAGGUUCGCUAUUGAGCUCAACGAGUUAGAUCCUGUACUAAAAGACCUCCUUCCUCCAACAGAUGCCCGAUUCCGGCCAGAUCAGAGAUUUUUGGAAGAAGGAAAUUUAGAAGCUGCAGCAGCAGAGAAGCAAAGAGUAGAGGAACUCCAGAGAUCUCGAAGACGAUACAUGGAAGAAAACAACCUUGAACAUAUACCAAAAUUUUUUAAAAAAGUGAUUGAUGCCAAUCAAAGAGAAGCCUGGGUUUCUAACGACACCUACUGGGAGCUGCGAAAGGACCCUGGGUUUAGCAAAGUAGAUAGCCCUGUUCUCUGGUAAACUGGAAACGUAGAGCUAGCCAACAUAUCACGCUCUGAAUGAAUAAAUAACUAUGCACAAUUAUGUUUCCUAGAGCUCCGCGUGGUUUCUGGGUCUGUUGAAAACCGAUCAUUUGCUUUUCUAUUCAUCUUUGUAAUGAACUUUCAGAAGUGCAUUAGACAAGGCCUCUAACCACUUUCGGAUCCUUUCUGUUUUGCUGCAACCAUAUUCCUUAAAAAACAUCCACACCCUCCUCAAAAAGCAGAAUACAAGGAGCAGAAUAUAAAAUCCAAAGUCUGAAGAGUCUGUAAAGAGAAACAAACUGUAACUGGUGCUUAAAAAGCUGAUCCAGAGAGUUUAAAGCAGCAUGACACAUGAACCAUGCAUCUGGUCCUUUUCCAGAAGCGCCGUCCCCUCCUGGCAGGAGCUCCAGGGCCAUGCGGUUGGUCAGCUCCGACUUGGAGCUUGUCUGUUUGAUGGGGUGUACCUGUGCUGGCCUUUUCAAGAGAGAUGUGAUGCUUCUCAGAACCCGUUCCAUCUGUACGCCAUUGUUCAUGCCUUAAGAAAUGCAAAGAUGUACAAUAAAUCAUUUUUUUAAUGUGCACUCCUAGGUUUAUGUGAAGGACCGCUCUUUUGAAUCAUGGCAUGAUUCACUUUACGGGAUCAAAAGAAUUAUGAGACUUGAACAAAGCAAACAACACAUGCUUUACUCUGAUAUAUCGGUUACUAAAUCGUAUGUCUGUAGGGCAGAAGGAAAAGGUGUGCUAAGUAGAUCUCUGUAUUCACGUUGCUCGUCCGUUUCCUGUCCUGCGUACAGUUAAUAAACCAUCCCUCUUCCACCUAA